AUGACGGUUUUCAUAGCUUCGCUAUUCCUCCCCAAGACGGUCCAUUUCGAUCUGCCCGGGACGCCGCCACUUGCCGCGCAGCCGCCGAGCCUCGACAAGGAGCCCAAGAAGAAGAAGAAGGCUGCCGCAUCCGCAGCCGCGCCAGGCGGUUCCAGUCGAACUGCCACUGCUGUUGAGGAGGCCCUCUCGCUGUUUACGCCCCAGUCGGAUAUCACCCCACCGGACACACCCACUGAGGACCAGAGCACCGAUCCGUUUGCCAACGAAGACGGCAUCCGCAUUGGCAAUCUGCCCACGAUCGUGGCCAACACCCUCGACGCCGCCACCUCUGCCGUCGCUGACGCCGUCUCCAAGUCGACCUCCAAAGAUGCCACCCCGGCCGAGCGCGGCUCGCCCGCCUGGGGUACGCGCCGCGACCAGCCCAAGUCGCGCGCCAACUCCCCUCCCCCCGCCCUCCUCAAUGGCGACCCCCACUUGACCGAGAAGGCCAAGGAGCUGCACCGCCAGGGCAUCACACAACCGCGCACCUACCUGCGCAGCGACAGCCACGACCGCAUCUUCUCGUCUGCUAACUGGCGCAUUGUAAACUCCGACCAGGGCAAUGGCGGCCUGCGCAACGCCGCCGCGGCCGCCGCGCGCGAGGGCAAGCUGGCUGACUACACCUGGGUUGGUACGCUGGGCAUGCCCACGGACGCCCUCGAAAACACCCAGCAGAAGGAAGACAUCAACGACCGCCUGGCUGCGGAACACAACAUGUUGACCGUGUGGUGCGAGGACAAGGACUUUGACGGCCAUUAUGUCCACUUUUGCAAGCAGAUCCUGUGGCCCGUCUUCCACUACCAGAUCCCCGACAACCCGCGCAGCAAGGCGUACGAGGACCACUCGUGGAAGUACUACGUCAACGUCAACCAGGCCUUUGCCGACAUCAUCAUCAAGAACUGGAAGCGCGGCGACGUCGUCUGGAUCCAUGACUACCACCUGCUGCUGGUCCCCGGCAUGAUCCGCCAGAAGCUGCCCGACGCCAAGAUUGGCUUCUUCCUGCACGUCGCCUUCCCCUCGAGCGAGAUUUUCCGGUGCCUGGCUGUACGAAAAGAGCUGCUGGACGGCAUUCUGGGCGCGAACCUGGUCGGCUUCCAGAUCCACGAGUACACACGCCACUUUUUGCAGACGGUUACGCGCCUCCUGAAUGCCGAGGCUACGUCGGACGGCAUCCAGCUCGAAGACCGCUUCGUUGAUGUCGUCAACAUGCCCAUCGGCAUCGAUCCGGUUGCGCUUGACGAGCACCGGGAAGAGGCCGAGGUGAUGUUGUGGCUCAACGUCCUGCGGGAAAAGUACGAGGGCAAGAAGCUCAUUGUUGCGCGGGACAAGCUGGACCACAUCCGUGGUGUGCGCCAGAAGCUGCUGUCGUACGAACUCUUCCUCAACUUGAACCCCGAAUGGCGCGGCCGCGUCGUUCUCAUCCAGGUCGCCCUGUCAUCAAGCGACCGCAAUGAGCUGGACGCCACCGUGUCUGACAUUGUUACGCGUGUCAACUCUCUGUGGGCCAACCUCGCCUACCAGCCUGUUGUCUACCUCAGGCAGGACAUAGACUACCCGCAAUACCUUGCCCUGCUGACCGACGCCGACGCACUUAUGAUUACGAGCCAGCGCGAGGGCAUGAACCUGACGUCCCACGAGUACGUCUUCUGCCAGGACGGCAAACAUUUCGAGAAAAAGCACGGCAGCCUGAUUCUCUCCGAAUUUACCGGCACCUCGGAGCUUUUCCAUGGUUCCGAGCUUGCCAUUAACCCUUGGGACUACCGCGCCUGCGCCGACGCCAUCAAGAAGGCGCUCGAGAUGGACGAGGACGAGAAGAACACCCGCUGGUCGAAGCUGUACGAGGCCGUGCGCCACCACACCGGCUCGCACUGGUUCGCCGAGUUCUUGUCACGCCUCGACCGCGUCUACGACGAACAGCAUCGCCGUGACCAGACCUCUGUGCCGCGCCUCUCGAUGCACACUCUGAUCAGCCAGUACAAGCGGACGUCGCGACGCCUUUUUAUCCUCGACUACGAGGGCACGCUGGUCAGCUGGGGCCCGGUGAAUAAGAUCAUCCCGGUCAGCCCUCAGCGCACCCUGGAUGUCCUCCGCGACCUUCUCUUGGACGAACGCAACACCGUCUAUGUUAUGUCCGGCCGCAGCGAGAAGGAGCUCGACCGCCUGUUCCGACAGGUGCCAAAUGUCGGCCUGAUUGCUGAGAAUGGCUGUUUCCUUAAGCACGCGAACGGCGGCGGUGCCAACAACGCCAUCGGCAACAGCAACCCCUGGAUCGAGAUGGCGGAUCCGGAGCAGAUUCGCACGUGGAAGGAGUCUGUGAAGCAGAUCCUUACGUAUUACAAAGAACGCACGCCGGGCGCCGAGAUUGAAGACCGCCGCUGCUCGCUCAUCUUCCAUUACAAGUCUGCCGAGGACUACGAGUCGGCGACGCGCCUUGCUGCCGACUGCGCCUCUCACAUCAACGAUUCGUGCGAGGAGCAGCGUGUGCACGCGAUCCCGCUCGACGGCUCGAUUCUCGUGGAGCCCGUCGACUGGACUAAGGGUACAGCCGCCGCGAAGAUCCACGAGGCGCUGUGCAAGGAGAUUUCGGUUCCGUCGCAGAUUGAGGACGCCGAGGUGCCUGCCACUGCCGGCAACCACGGGGUCGAUUUCCUCAUGGUCGUCGGUGACGGGCGCGACGACGACAAGGUGUUCAAGUGGGCCAACCAGCUGGGCGACGAGGGCAAGGUGAAGGAGGUCGUGACGGUCAGCCUGGGCAGCCGUAGCACGGAGGCCGCAGCAACGAUGACACAGGGAGUCAGCGGCGUGCUGGUGGCACUCUCGAAGCUGGCGAACCUGGAGUGA